AUGUCGAGCUCAACCCCAAACCAGUACGUCAUGGCCCCAGAUCGCCAUGCGGAGGUGAGCGACCGGACUCUCAGAUUCUCCAAGGAUGGAACUUUUCAGAUCUCAGUCUUUGAGGAUUUACAUUUCGCUGAAGAUGCUUCAAAGGAUGUCAAGUCCAAAGGAGUGAUGAAAUAUGUCCUUGAAAAGGAAUCUCCGGACUUGGUAGUGAUUAACGGAGACUUGGUCUCUGGUGAAUUCACAAAAGCUUCGACUUCCAGCGAAUAUGUCCACGACGUCGUGUCUCCCUUGGUCGACAAGGGCAUCCUGUGGGCUUCGACCUAUGGUAAUCAUGACUCGAACACGAACCUCUCUCCCCGACUGGACGUUUAUGACCAGGAGAAGCAAUACUCAAACAGCCUGACUCAGAGGCAAGUCCUUGCAUCCAAGGCUGGAAUCACAAAUUAUUAUCUGCCCGUCUAUUCCCACCGGGCCCAGGAGAGCAGCACCCCAGCACUCAUUUUAUGGUUCUUCGAUUCAAAAGGUGGCAGCUAUGCCACGAAUCGCGAUAAAGAUGUCAACUCUGGGCUCAGGGGUGACUGGGUGGAUGAGUCCGUCAUCGACUGGUUCGUGGAGGCCAAAAAGAACUUAUCAGCCGAAUAUGACCAAACUAUUCCUUCGCUCGCAUUCUUCCAUAUUCCCUCACACGCCAUGCUCAAAUAUCAAGAAGACGGAUUCGACGCCUCGCGAACUCCGGGAAUCAACGGUGAAAAGGUGGUCUCACAGGGGUCCAUGGACACUGACUACUCAGGACAAGACCGCCGAUUCAUGGAGGCUCUUCUGAAUACCACCGGUUUGAUGGCUACUUUCAGUGGUCAUGACCACAAGAAUGAUUGGUGUUUCAAAUGGGAUGGUCACACUGUUGAUCAGGACCUGAAGGGAAACGGAAUUAAUAUGUGCUACGGGCGGCAUACUGGAUACGGAGGCUAUGGUGAUGCGACUCGUGGUGGACGUCAGAUCCUCUUAGACGAGGAGACUAUGGAUGAUGAGAUUAAGACCUGGAUUCGCUUGGAAGAUGGCACCAUUUCGGCACCGGUCACGCUCAAUGCGACAUAUGGCCAGGAUAAGUAUGCGAAGGUCAACCAUAAGAGAUCCUUGGACACAUCGGCUGCAUCUGGGCUGCAUGACCACUCGGCUUUACUUAUGAUAAUGUGUCUCUGGCUUUCGAUAUCGGUGAUGUUCUGGAGACGUUAA